AUGACAGAUUAAAAAAGUCUAGCAACUCAAGAGUAAGCUAUCAAAGCAAGGCUGGUUAAAGCUUUGCAGCAAUUAGAUCAUUAAAAGCAUGGAGUACUUGAGAAGUCUUAACUUCAAACUAUGUUAGAAUGUCUUUAAGUUAGAAUUGAAAAUUACAAGUCUAAAAUUCAUAAAUACACCUUAACUGAGAGUCAGGCUGUAGUCAAAAGUGAUAUUGACAAAAUAAAAUACUUUGAAUUGAUGAGGGAUAUGGUCUUGACUGAAGUGGAUACUUAAAACUUCCAAUUAGUAGAGAAACCAAUUAAGAAAGAGAUGAGUAAAUCACCCAGAAAGAUUCCAAUAUAUAAUGAGUAUCUGAAUCAGUCAUCGGAUAAAAUUGCUAAAAUUGAUGAUAAAAUAUAAGGAGACAAAUAAAAAAAAGAAGUACAAAACCAAACUAAAGCAACAGGUAGAAAGAGCCCAUAAAAUUAAUAGAAUUCAGACAUCAUGAAUAUAUUAUCAGAACCCUCAUAAAAAAGUCAGAACAGAUCUGUCGUUAGAGGUAACUAAAGCUCGAGUGACAACUUUAGUACUUACAAAGUUUCGCAAUCUUAUCUAAAAUCUUCUGGGAAUAAUAUGAAAUCAUUGAUGGACUAUGGCCAUGGUGACAAUUUGAUUAGGAAAUCAGAAUCACCAGACUUUUUCUCUUUUAAAGAGGAAAAGAAACUUAAAACUAUAGACUACUUUUCACCUCUUAAAGCUACCUAGGAUUAUUUCCCAGGUGACCAAGCCUAAAAAAUAUUUGAAAAAAUGCAAUCAUUUGAGAUAGACUAGAGAACUAUGAAUCACAUUAGAAGAGAAUUCCUUAAGCUAGAUUAAAAUUCAACUGGUUCAGUUUCUGUAGAGAUUUUUAAACAAGCCCUUAAAAAAGUUUGUUCAAAUGAAAUUACUAAGUUUCAUCUUAGAGAUAUGCUGAAACUUUUUGCAAAUGGUACCAGCUAGGUGGAUUAUUAGUUCAUCAAAGCCUUGAGCUAUUUAAUUAUGUUCUGGAAUAAGCCUCCUAAUAAAUUUAAGAAUGAUUCAACUUUUAUGAGAGAUGUCAUUCAGCAAAACUAGAAUUAAAAUACUCAGGUGAGGACAUAUAUCUUAGAGCUUUUAAAUAAGCUAUAAGGUAAACUUGAGUAGAAAUAUCCAGACUUAAAGUCUGCCUUUAGAUUCUUUGAUGUGAAUAAUAGUGGAGAUAUAUCACUUGAAGAGUUUCAAUUGACUUUAGAUAUCUUAUAACUGGAUAUAAACGAAGACUAAAGCAUGCAAAUCUUUAAGUUUCUAGACACAAACGCCGAUGGAAAUAUAAGUUUAGACGAAUUUUCUCAAAUUUAUUAUGAGCAGAGGCAAAGACUCUAAGGAAGAUAAAAUAAUCUUAACAUGUAAGAUGACCUGUGGACGACACUUGAAUAAGAUGAAAUCAGAUCAAACUUCAGCAAGACGAUAGUAAAAGAUAAUUAGUCCUAAAACUUUACAAAUUUCCCCAGAACAGAUAGACAAUAAUCAGGAGCAAAGUAGGAUAGGUUAAAAAAUCAUCCCUAACUAGAAGAUUAUUUGCAAUAGUUUUAGAAAAAGAAGGAAAUAGACAAUAAGCUCUCAGAUUAUGGCUAUAUUUCAAGCGACAACAAAUCAGUUCAAAGACUAGAAAAGAAAAGAGAGGGCAAGAGUUUCAUAGAUAGAUAUAGAGUAAAUAAUACAAUUGAUAAAACCUUCUAAACGAAAAAUAACUUCCAGACAUUGUAGCAUAGCAUCAACUAGAUGGAGAGGAGUUUUGAUGCUACAAGCUAAAGAAGCGGAGCCGAAAGCUUACUUUAAAAACUGAGAUAAAAUUAGAAAAGCAGGCAAAUGUAUUUUGAAAAGAUAUCCCAAAUGAAUAGGACUUUCCAAAGCAACAGCGAAGACAAAGAAGAUGGAAAAGCAUAUACAAAAAAAUAGCAGGGAACUCCACUUCAACUUUAGAUUCAAAAGACACUUAGAUAAAAUCGUUAGAUAGUAAAUCCAGAAAGUAUCGAAAAGCCAAAAAUUUACAAGCUUAACAAAUCGAAUCUCUAACCAUUAGACUUUAAUAAGUCUUCAAAUUUCAAUGGAGAGUUUAACCAAACUGUCAGAUCCAAAAUUGAUGAACUUAAAACAAUCAGUCAUUAGUCUAUUUACAAAGUUCCAAGAAAAUUGAAUCUUUGA